UCACACAAUGCUUCUUCCUCAUUAAAAUACCGGACAUAUGAGCACAAGGAACUUGACAAAUGCGACCUCCGUCACUCAGUAACAAUAUAACUUCCCCUUAAAGGACGUAACUUAUAAAAAGGAGACGUGCUUGUAAUGGUCCGAAUAGUGAUGUUGUAAAAAAAAACGUCUGGACGUCGCUACCAAACUUCGAGAAAGCCUCAUUAAUCUGUCAGCAAUUCAUUUUAUUAUUUAAUCGGCUAUGGAUCCACCUGAAAGUUCAGUGAACCGCAUUGGUCGCACUAUUUGGACAGUUUGGGGUUAUCUGUCAGGGGCUGUUGCAAGAUAUCUCAGACCGGAAGUCACCGAUGAAGGAAACCAAGGUGUUCAUACCAGAACAGAUGAUACUGAUUUGAAAAGUGCAGUAAACAAGAUUAAUAGAGAAGUAACGACAGAUAAUAGCAACAAUGAAGGGAAGAAAACAAGUCAAAUUUACAGUGCAGAUGUCAAGUGUUCCCCAUCUAACGUCAGAGUGCAAGUGGCUUCUGUACGGUGGGAAAACACUGAUGUGGCCAAGGACGACAAUAAUGAUGAACUUCAUGUUCACACCACAAAAAAACAAACUUACCAUUGUGUAGUGUGGUCCACUGGGACUGAUACAGACAAUGAAAGACGCAUGGUUGGUGCACAAGUUGACAAAGAAACAGAUUCAUCCGAUGAGGUUCAGGCUGAAAAAGCAUAUGCAAACAAUGAGUGUAAGGAGAGUGCAACUGCACAUGAGUUGGAAGAAGCUGGAAAGAUUGACCAAAAACAUGGUGACAAUGAAGAUAAAGAAGAGCGUGAUCAGUAUCAUGAGGUUGAAAAGUGUGCAAAAAAUAGAAAAGAUGAAUAUAAGACAGACGUAAUGGUCCAAUUGGAGCAAGAUGUAGAACGGGAAAAGCAGAUAAACACGGUAGACCAUGGAGAGACAGAACAUGCAGAUGAACAGCUUAUUGAAGAAAAUGAGAACAAUUUAAACCAGGAGGGUCAGGAGAAAACUGAGGAUGAUGAAGAACAAGGACUUGAAUCAGAAGUUCAAGAUCUGCGGAAGAGUGAAGAUUCAGAUAACACAGACAUAGUGGUCCAAUGUGAGCAAGAUGUAGAACAGGAAAAACAGAUAAACAUGGUGGACCACGUCGAGACAGAAGGCAUUGCAUGUUUUAAAGAUGCAGAUGAACAUCUUCUUGAAGAAAAUAAGAACAAUUUAGACAAGGAGGAUCAGGAGAAAACUGAAAAUGAUGAAGAACAAGGAUUUGAAUCAGAAGUUCAAGAUUUGCGAAAGAGUGAAGAUCCAGAUAACACAGACAUUGUGGUCCAAUGUGAGCAAGAUGUAGAACAGGAAAAUCAGAUAAACACAGUGGACCAAGAAGAGACAGAAGGCAUUGUAGGUUUUAAAUAUGCAGAUGAACAUCUUUUUAAUGAAAUAGAGGAACAAAUUGUUGACCAGAAGGAUCAGGAGAAAACUGAGAAUGAUGAAAACCAAGGAACUGAAUCACAAUUGCAAGAUUUGCUACAUUUAACAAAAUAUUCUGAUGAAAUUGCUAAUGUCUAUAAAAACGAUGUUGAGGAGAUGAUGUCUGAAACUAGAGGUGCGACUGAGCAGAAUAAAGAGAAUGAAACUGUACAGAACUUGGAAGAAAUUGGGCAGCAUGAACAAAAUGAUGGUGACAAUGAAGAUAAAGAAGAAUGUGAUCAGAAUCCUGAGGAUGAAGAGUGUGCAAUGGAAAGUGAAGAUCUGGAUAACGCAGACGUAAUCGUCCAAUCUGAGCUUCAUGGAAAAAAUGUAGAACAAGAAAUGCAGAUAAGCAUGAUGGACUAUGCGGCGAAAGAAGGCAUUGGAGGUUUUAAACAUUCAGAUGAACAUCCUAUUGAUGAAAAGGAGAAACAAACUGUUGACCAGAUGGACCAGGAGAAAACUGAGAAUGAUGAAGAACAAGGAACUGAAUCACAAGUUCAAGAUGUGCGGAAGAGUGAAGAUCCAGAUAACACAGACAUAGUGGUCCAAUGUGAGCAAGAUGUAGAACAUGAAAAUCAGAUAAACAAUGAGUGUAAGGAGAGUGUAACUGCACAUGAGUUGGAGGAAACUGGAAAGAUUGAACAAAAAUAUGGUGACAAUGAAGAUAAAGAAGAGCGUGAUCAGAAUCAUGAGGUUGAAAAGUGUGCAAAAAAUAGAAAAGAUGCAUAUAAGACAGAGGUAAUGGUCCAAUUUGUUCAAAGCAUAGAACAGGAAAAGCAGAUAAACACGGCAGACCACGGAGAGACAGAAGGCAUUGCAGGUUUUAAACAUGCAGACAAACAUCUUAUUGAAGAAAAUGAGAACAAUUUAGACCAGGAGGAUCAGGAGAAUGAUGAAGAACAAGGAUUUGAAUCACAAGUUCAAGAUCUGCAGAAGAGUGAAGAUCCAGAUAACGCAGAUGUAAUGGUCCAAUCUGAGCUUUAUGGACAAGAUGUAGAACAAGACAAACUCAUAAAUUUGAUGGAUCAUGGAGAGACAGGAGGCUUUGGAGGUUUUAAACAUUCAGAUGAACAUCCUAUUGAUGAAAAGGAGAACAAUUUAGACAAGGAGGAUCAGGAGAAAAUUGAGAAUGAUGAAGAACAAGAACUUGAAUCUCAAGUUCAAGAUCUGCGGCAGAGUGAAGAUCCAGAUAACACAGACAUUGUGGUCCAAUGUGAGCAAGAUGUAGAACAGGAAAAUCAGAUAAACACAGUGGACCAAGAAGAGACAGAAGGCAUUGCAGGUUUUAAACAUGCAGAUGAACAUGUUUUUGAUGAAACAGAGGAACAAAUUGUUGACCAGAAGGAUCAGGAGAAAACUGAGAAUGAUGAAGACCAAGAAACUGAAUCACAAGUGCAAGAUAUGCUGCCACAGCUGGGAUAUUUAACAAAAUAUUCUGAUGAAAUUGCUUACAACUCUAAAAACGAUGUUGAGGAGAUGAUGUCUGAAACUAGAGGUGCGACUGAGCAGGAUAAGGAGAAUGAAACUGUACAGAACUUGGAAGAAAUUGGGCAGCUUGAACAAAAUGAUGGUGACAAUGAAGAUGAAGAAUGUGAUCAGAAUAUUGAGGAUGAAGAGUGUGCAAUGGAAAGUGAAGAUCUGGAUAACACAGACGUAAUCGUCCAAUCUGAACUUCAUGGACAAGAUGUAGAACAAGAAAGGCAGAUAAGCAUGAUGGAUCAUGGAGAGACAGGAGGCUUUGGAGGUUUUAAACAUUCAGAUGAACAUCCUAUUGAUGAAAAGGAGAAACAAACUGUUGACCAGAUGGACCAGGAGAAAACUGAGAAUGAUGAAGAACAAGGAACUGAAUCACAAGUUCAAGAUGUGCUGCCACAGCAGGAUUAUUUUCCAGAGGAAGCCGAUGGCCUUGCAAAGCCUGAAAGGCUGAAAGCAGUGGAAAAAUAUUCUGAUGAAAUUGAUGAAUUCUCUAAAGAAGGGCUUGAGGAGGUGCUGCUUGAAACUGAGCAGGAUGAAGACACCACAGAAAGUAAACAAGACACGACUAAAUAUGAAGUAAUGGAGUCAGUAGAAACCCUGCAGAGAGUUUCUGAAGAACUAUCUGAAAAGAAAGCACCAAAUGUUGAACUGAAAAUGACCAUAUUAGUGGAUGAGUUUUUUGAAACUGUUAAUACAUUAGAAGACACUCUGCUGUCGGAUUCAAAACUGGAUACUUCAGAAAAUACUCCAGAAAUGGGAACUGGGUCAUCUGUGGUGGCCAUAAAAACUGAAGGCAUGGUUUCAGAUCGAAUUGUUUUCAAGUUCCCAGGAGAAUUGAGGAAAGGGCCAGAGACUGAUUUGGGAUGUUUUGAGGAGAUCCAAACUACUCUACAUGAUCUCCAAACUCUUGCAGAGGAGCAAGCAGAAAGGGAAGCUGUGGUCGUAUGCUCUGUUGAGCACUUGGAAACCAUGAAAGCAGUUGAGACUAAAAAAGACAUUGAAACCUUAAUUGAAUCCUUAGGUUCAACAGAAAGUCAUGCACAUCAAGAAAUAGACAAAACCACAUUCUCACACAAAGAACAUGUUGAACUAAGAACUGAACUGAUUGAAGAAACAAUUGAUACAAAGAUCAGUUCAGAAGUUGAGGAAGCAGAACCCACAAUGAAAGAAGAUCAAUCAUCAGUGAUCAGAAAUGUCUCUUUACAGUCACAUGAGCUUCUUGAGUUCAAAGAAGGUGAAUGCAAAUCAUCUGUUGGAACAAUGGACAGAUUCAAUGAAUCAAGUGUGUCUGAAAUCGCUGGAACCGCAGAGAUUAAACAUCUUGCAGAGGAGCAAACAGAUGUGAAACCUGUAUUAACAAGGUCUUUGAGUCCAGCAGUGUUUCUGGAGGAAACUGUACAUCUGCAGGGUGUAUCAGAGCGAUGCACAGAAGAGCAGGAGAUCCUGGAGGCCGCUUUAGAGUAUGUAGAAGGAAUAACAAAUCAAGUCUUGAAGGAUAUGUUAGAAAGAGAAGUUAACGUAGUACAAGAAACAGAAUCUUUGGCAAGACCUUCAACAGAAGAAACUGGUGAUGCAGAAUAUAAAGGACCUGCACAAUGUGUAUCAGCUGAUGCCUUUGUCCUGGAAGAAGAAGGGAAGUCAUUGGGUGAGACAAUGGAGAGUAAAGAAGAAAUGGAGGUGGAAACCACAAGUAAUGAAGUUCUUAAACAAACCACUGAGUGUGAGACCACUGAAACUGAUGGACGUCGUGAUCAGACACAGAAGGUCAUUGCUGGAGAAACAGUGUUGAGUAGUCAUGAAGACUUAAUGGAAGUCAGCAGAUCUGGGAUGAAAAGAGGAUUUGAUCAAGUGAGCAAAGACCUCGCAGAGGUGAAGGCAAAAGGAAAAUUUGAUUUGUAUCUACAGGCAUUUGAGGAAUCAUCAUUGGACUUUACCAUUCAGAAGUCUCGAAUUGCUGUGAAGAAUCCCCUAGUUCGGCCUCCCAAAGACCCCAGAAGUCUCCUCUUCAAGGUCUCAGUCGAACCUCUCGUCUCACAGCCUUCACCACGUGGUCAGAAGAUCCAAGUCUCUAUUCCAAGUAAAGGGGUGACUGGAUUUAAACUUCCAGGACUGGGUGCAGGGCUGCCAGUACUGAGAAAAACUGAUUUUGGGAAGAAAGCAAGAGAAGGAGGCGCAGCAGAGAGAACACUACAACCACAGCAAGAGUCAGUUGCAGUAACAGAGGAUUCUGUCAAACAAGAGCAAGUGCCAGCUAAACCCAAAUGGACACCACCAAGGCAUCCUGGUAUGGGGAGUCCCUUCAUGAUGGCAGAACUCAAAAACAAACUCAAAAAGCCUGUUGAGGAGUAAUAUAUUUCAUUUCAUCAUCAUUUUCAAAUGCAUUCUUCACCUGUUUUAUUUGUCUUAUUUAAGCACUAUGUAGCCUGGCAAAUAUUAUGGAAAGUUAUUCUUUUAUUAUUGCUGCCACACAACAUUUUAUUUUACUUUCGCUAUUUUGUUUGCUUCUAUCUAAGAAUCCAAGCUGCGAACAACAUUUCUAAUGCACUUUUCUUAAGACUGAGUAUUUAUUUAUAAUUGGAAAAAAAAAUGAGGAAAAA